AUGGCCAUGUCAGCCUCCAAUAUCACCUCAACCCAUCCGGCAGUCUUUGUGUUGAUGGGGAUCCCAGGCCUGGAGCACCUACAUAACUGGAUCUCCAUUCCGUUCUGCUCAGCUUAUACUUUAGCCCUGCUAAGCAACUGCACCCUCCUCUUCAUUAUUCAGACUGAUGCAGCCCUUCAUGAGCCCAUGUACCUCUUUCUGGCCAUGUUGGCAGCCAUUGAUCUGGUCCUCUCUUCUACAACACUUCCCAAAAUGUUAGCUAUUUUUUGGUUCAGAGAUCGGGAGAUCAGCUUCUAUGGCUGUCUGGUCCAGAUGUUCUUUCUCCAUUCCUUCUCUAUCAUGGAGUCAGCAGUGCUGCUGGCCAUGGCCUUUGACUGCUAUGUGACCAUCUGUAAGCCACUGCACUACGCUAUGGUGCUGACUGGGCCCCUUACCACCAAGAUUGGCAUGGCUGCUGUGGCUCAGGCUGUGACACUAAUGACUCCACUCCCCUUUCUGCUCAAAGGCUUCCACUACUGCCGAGGCCCCAUGAUUGCCCACUGCUACUGUGAGCACAUCGCCAUGGUAAGGCUGGCCUGUGGGGAUACUUGCUUCAACAAUGUCUAUGGCAUUGCUGUGGCCAUGUUUAUAGCGGUGUUGGACCUGCUGUUUGUUACUUAUAUCUUCAUCCUUCGGGCAGUUCUACAGCUUGCCUCUCAGGAGGCCCACUACAAGGCCUUUGGGACAUGUGUGUCUCACAUAGGUGCCAUAUUGUCCACCUACACGCCUGUGGUCAUCUCCUCAGUCAUGCACCGUGUGGCUCGCCAGGCUGCCCCUCAUGUCCACAUACUCCUUGCUAUUUUCUAUCUUCUUUUUCCACCCAUGAUCAACCCCAUCAUCUAUGGUGUCAAGACCAAGCAGAUUCGUGAUCAUGUGCUCAGUCUAUUCUGGAGAAAGAAUGUGUAG